UUGCCAGGGAACACUAGUGAAACCACGAACCACAGAAAACAGCAGCAGGAUUAUUACAGAGAUCAGUACUUCAUUUACCCAAGUUGCUAUUGCUUAAAAAAAGCUGCUCCCAUGGAAGCAUCUAGAUAUGCUCAAUAAAAGCAGGGUUUGGAAAAAGGAAUAUUUGGAGCCAGUAUUGAGAAAGGUGACAAGAUCAUGAUGCCACAGCCGACGCUCUCUGAGUGAAGAAAUUUGGUGCGGACAUCAGGGCUCAGAGGCACCCUGUCGACUCGCUCUGCACGCCCAGGCUUUUCACAACAAAGGUGGACAGCGGCAAAAGAAAGAAGACGAGAAGAGGGGGGGUCCAGCACAGAGGUGCCCCCUGUCCUCAAGCACCUGCUGCUGGCUAGCGUCUGACAUUGAGGACACUGUCUGUGUGUCUGCACAUGAGUGUAUGUGCAUGUGAAGUAGGAGAAGAGAAGACAUAUGCAUUUGUGUCAGUUUGGAGGAUCAGCACAAAUUUUUGCUGAGGAGGAAGGAAGGACAUACACACGGACGGACGGACGGAUCUUCUGAAGAAUUCAUAGGAGAUCUCCAACAUCUCAUGCCCCUGCUCCCCUUGCUGAGGGAUGGGCACCACAAAAGCUACUCUAAGAAUGGAGAACAUGGAAGUGAAAGACGAGUGGCAGGAUGAAGACUUCCCGAGACUUCUACCUGAGUACGGAGACAUGGACUCCUCUUGUGGCCUCACAGACAACAGAACCUCUCCUCCCAACUCCCUGAAUAUGAGCUCACCUGGAGGAGGCGCAGGCGUGUCAUCCUCGCACCGUACAAGGCGUACAUUGGUUGCCCCUGAGAUGAACCUGUCCCUAGAUAAAAGUGAGGGAUCUCUGCUGUCAGAUGACUUCCUGGACACACCUGAUGACCUGGACAUCAAUGUGGACGACAUUGACACGCCAGAUGAGACAGACUCGUUGGAGUUCAUCACCAAUGGCAAUGACCUGGAGUGGGAAGAUGACACCCCAGUGGCCUCGGCCAAAGCAGGUCCAACUGGUGGUUCGGGAGACUUGGAUGAGGAAGGAAAUGCCAACAAUGGACGCCUCUGGAGGUCAGUGAUCAUUGGAGAACAGGAACACAGGAUUGACAUGCAGAUUAUCCGACCGUACCAGAGAGUCAUCACCCAUGGGGGAUAUUUUGGGGAAGGCCUGAAUGCCAUCAUUGUUUUCUCUGCAUGCUACCUGCCUGACAGCAGCAUCCCAGAAUACCACUACAUCAUGGAAAACCUUUUCCUGUAUGUGGUAAGCAGUCUUGAGAUGCUCGUAGCUGAAGACUACCUGAUCAUCUACAUGAAUGGAGCCACUCCCAGGAGUAAGAUGCCUGGAAUUAGCUGGCUAAAGAAAUGCUACCAGAUGAUUGACAGAAGGUUGAGAAAGAAUUUGAAGUCUCUGGUCAUUGCUCAUCCUUCUUGGUUCAUUCGCACUAUACUGGCUAUAUCCAGGCCCUUUAUCAGUGUGAAAUUCAUGAAUAAGAUCCAGUAUGUUCAGAGCCUAGAUGAACUGGCCCUAAUGGUCCCCAUGGAGCACGUGCAUGUGCCGGAAUGUGUUAUGCAGUUUGAUGAGGAGCGGAUUAAAGCUCGCAGAGAAAGGAUGGAGCAACAGCAGAGGCAGCAACUGUCAGGCCCACAGGAACCGGUUAACAAAAAAUCUGAGAGGCCAAAGUCAGAGUCUGUAGAGCAAGGAAUAUGAAAAGGGGAGAACUCUCUGAAUCAAGUGUGCCACGUGGAGCAGGAAUCUCUCUAUUGAAGCUUCAAAGAGGCAGCGACCCAACCAGUCUACAUGUGCUUCUUUAUUUGCUCAUCAUUUUUCGAUCACAGUACAAUGGCAAAUGCAACAUCUCAUCUUUUACUCCUUUUUGACGAGAGGGGUACAUUUGCAAAGGAGCUUGCCGUUCCCUUGAACUCUAUUGGCCAACUUUUGCACUUUAAUGUUGGGAACACCUCACACUGAACAUUUGCCCUACAUGAGUCACUGGACGACGGACAACUAAAGGAUUUUGCUCUUCUUUUGAUAAAACUCCAAAAAUGAAGGAAGUGAGGUUAUUGUUCACAGGCGCGACCAGAAAGUGGUGUAAGUAAAAACAGUUUGGUGCAAGAGAUAGAUCUAUAUAUAAAGUGUUGUAGAUGUAAAUACUGCAAUACAAAGUCUUUGAUUUUG